AACGGAACCAACAAAUCUGAACAAUUUUGAAAACCAUCCCAAUUCAUCGGAGCACCAAUGGAUUCUUUUGCUCUCACCAACAGUCUUCAGUUAUGCCAAACGAUUCCUCCUCCCUCCUUUCUUCCUCCCCAUCUUCUUCCUAUGGUUCUUCCUCCUCAAUUUCCCAUGUCCUCUAUCGCUUCUUGCCCUAUCAAGGAAGCUUGGAGGAGGGUUCGUCACAGGCAGAGAAUUUCUUCCCUGUGUUUCAUCUCAUUGAUUCGAUAGAAAGAAAGAAGGAAAUAUGGAUAUAAACGCGGAGCAAAACUUGUACCGCUCGCCGGAUCAUCCCGGCAUCCAUUGCUACAUUGUGAAUGUCACUUCCAGCAGCGGGCUAUGGCAGAGUGAAAAUCCGCUCACUCAAUCUCUCCCCAUCUUGGCAAUGCAGCUGGCCACCGUCAUCGUCAUCACUCGCGUCCUCCAAUACAUCUUCAAGCCAUACCACAUUCCCCCAAUCGUCGCCAAUAUCUUGGGAGGGAUUUUAAUUGGCCCAACAGCGUUAGGCAACCUGGGUUAUUUCCAGCAGAUGUUCCCUUUGAGGGCGCUGAUGAUGCUGGAAACGGUUUCAUACUGGGCCUUGACCUGCCACGUCUUCCUGCUCGGAUUGGAAACAGACGUCGCCUCUGUUCUCCGGGCAGGGAAGAAAGCGAUCCACGUCGCCGCUUUCGGCUUCCUCUUCCCCCUCGUCGCCGGUAUCGCCAUUUUCCUCAUGAUACACAAGAACCGCCCGGACGAGGAGAGCAACCAGAGCCAGUUCGUCUACUUCGCGGCCCCGCUCGCGAUGACGGGCUUCCCCGUCGUCUCCCGGAUCCUCGUCGAGCUCAAACUAAUCCACACCGAUCUCGGCAGGCUCGCCAUGUCGUGCGCUCUCGUCGAGGAUCUGGUCGGGUGGGCGUUCGUCAUCAUUCUGCUUCCCUACACCAUCAGCUUCUUGAAUGCGGUUUACUCUGCUCUGGCCAAUGUCGCCUUCAUACUGUUCUGCGUCUACGCGGUUCGCCCUGUUCUGGCCCUUUUGAUCCGCCGCACCACCGCUCACAGGAACAACGUCAACGAGCACUACCUGAGCUUCAUCAUGGUCUCUGUUUCGCUGUUCGCCUGUGCUACGGAGGUGCUGGGGACAGGGUCGCUGGUCGGAGCUUUUGUUUUUGGGGUUAUCAUGCCGGACAGAGUGAUUGCCGGGAUGCUGGCGGAUAAGUUUGAGGAUUUCAUGUCUGGGUAUUUGCUUCCUCUGUAUUUUGUCACCUGUGGGUUGAAGAUCAACCUGAAGGAGGUCAAUAGCAAUUGGGCAGGGCCGGCGUUCACGAUUCUGAUAUGUUGCUCGUUGAAGAUCAUCGGAGCUAUGAUCACCACUUCUAGGUAUAAGAUCCCACGGCGGGAUGCUUUCGCUCUUGGGCUGAUUUCUAAUACCAAAGGGAUCAUCUCCAUGUUCAUGGCAAACUUGGCCAUAGAUAAAAAGAUUUUGUCUAGCUAUGAGUACGCAACACUAGUUCUUUCCAUUGCAGUCAUGACUGCGGCUACAGGGCCGAUCAUCGCCAACAUGUACCGACCGGCCAAGCGUCUGUCUCAUUACAAACAGAGGACGAUCCAACAAGCAAAAGGAGCAGAAUCCGAGCUCAGAGUCCUGGCUUGCUUCCAUGGCCCCUACAACAUAACAGGGAUGAUCAACCUCUUCGAUUCCUCUGCAACAACCAAAGAAUCCCCUCUCAACGUGUUCGCCCUCCACCUCGUUGAGCUCACCGGUCGAGCCUCCGCGAUGCUGAUCAUCCACCAUCCGGGGAAGAGUCGAGCAGGGCGCAAAGACGCCAACUCUGAACAAAUCCUGACUGCACUAGACACUUUUGCUAGCCUCAACGACUCGAUCGAAAUGCACCCUCUGACUGCGCUGUCCCCUUUCGUCACGAUGCACGACGACAUAUGUAGCCUGGCCGAGGACAGGAGGGUGAGCUUCGUGAUCCUGCCUUUCCACAAGCCGCCGACUCGAGAUGGGAAGCUCGACGAAGAAGGCAGCACCUCGUUUCGAGGGGUCAACUUGAACGUGCUGGCAAAUGCUCCUUGCACCGUAGGACUGUUUGUGGACAGAGGGUUUGGGGAAACCCAGAAUGAGGAUUCUUCCCUGAAGCGGCAGGUUGCAAUGUUGUUCUUCGGCGGGCCUGAUGAUCGCGAGGCUCUGGCUUACGCUUCGAGGAUGGGAGCGAGUGGGGUGGUGAAUCUGCGCGUUGUAAGAUUUCAAUCGGGAAUGUUGGAAUCGAAUCAUGGGGGUGACGAUAUGGAUGGCAUCCAGGGCACAGCCGGCGAGUUCGGUGGCCUUGUGACUGCGUCUGCCUACAUAGAGAGGCAGAGAAAGCUUGACCAAAUGUGCUUGAAUGAAUUCAGGCUGAGAUCCGCGGGGCAAGAGAUGAUCCACUACGAGGAGAAGGAUGUGAAUGGGGAGGAGGAAGUGGUGUUCUUCUUGAGAGAAAUGGCCACAACACAACAGAUUGAUUUGUUCUUGGUGGGGAAAGGGGAAGGUGCCCUGCAGCCUCUGACGGCUGCUCUGUUGGACUGGUGCGAGUAUCCAGAGCUCGGCCCGAUUGGGGACUCGCUCGUUUCGAUGGACGAUUCGCGGAGCUCUGUUCUGAUCGUGCAACAGUACAUCGGGCCGGAGGAAGAAUCAGAGGAGUUGGGGGAUCAACGGCGCGAGCAUAUGGUAGAUGUGCACGAGCCAUCGGAGCACUCGAGAGAGCAUCUUGGGAAGUGGCAGGUUCCUGGGGAAGAAGAUGAGCAUCAUCUUGGCGGGUUUGAGAUGGAACCAUUUGAUAGGCACAAACGUGAUGAUGGGAUGGAUGGUUUGAAAUAUAACUAUUGAAAUCAAAUCCUCUCAAGUGUUGUUUUUAAUGUGUUAGAGAUUGAGAUGUUGGAAUGAUUGUUGGUUUCCUCAUACUAAUGAAACUAAUCUCUAAUUUGCAUUCACUUUGGUUUUUCUUAUUUGUUAUAUUGAUUAAUAAGUACAAAGAAACAAUGCACUAAAAAGUAAAAACUGAACAUGGUGUAAAUAACCAACGCCAAAUUACAUUAUAUUGAAUCAAAUUUAAUGUACUAUCUUGCAUCACCAUAAAAUUAAAUCAUAUACACCACAUUUCUUGCAGCGGCUCGAAAGGACAAAUUUAACCAUAUAAAAGAGUAGAAUAAAAACCCGAAUCCAAAUGGUUUUUUAUGGGUAUGGGGAAAAUUCUAACCUGAAUGUUGCGGGUGGUGGGUGAUUAUAGUUUUCUCACAAUCCAACCUAAAUCUGUUUGAUUAUACACAUGUAUCUACUUUGUAUGCGUUAAUUAAUAAUGAGAUGCUUUCACUCCAAAAAAAAAAAGAUGCUUUCACCAUUGAGGUUUCAUCAUCUGUGGUGGUGUCUUCUUUAUCUCUUAUAGAUAACUAUAUUUGUAUUAUUUACUGAUGAAUUCUAGGAUGCUUCAACCUUCGUCAAGAAUAUAGAGGCUUGUCGAGGCGUGUUUAUCGGGAUCGCUGGGGUCCCCGAGGUUCCACGUGUACAAAUCCGAUUUCAGAUGGGGGAAACCCAAGUAUGUGGAGGUGGCUUCGAUAGAUUGGAGGGGUGCUAUCUCACUGGCGGAGUGUAGAAAUGGGAGUUGCGGGAUCUAGGUUGGACGGGAUUUGCCAUAAGAUCCCACUUGAAUGUUGGUGGGGUAAACCUGCAUUACUUAGCCUUCAUUACAUAAAUUGAUGUACUUCAGUUAGUUGUUUUUGAACUAUAACAUCACCUAACAUAAAGAGUUUGCAUUACUUCAUCUACACUACACCUAACAGAAAGAGUUUGCAAGACUAUCAGCUACACUACACUUAACAGAAAGCGUUAUCAUUCAUUAGGACUUCUUAUAGCCUUUACACGAGUUGACCAAAACAGAACCUAACAAUCUUAGUUGUUGGCAUGUACAAAAAAAAAAUGACUCAAAUGCUUGCUUUCAUGAGUUCUAAGGCUGAGUUAGUGGAGGCAGACUUCCAUGCAAGUCCACCACAGAAGCUUGGGUUAAAGGAACUAGCGGUUGAUCUCCAUGAGGGUGGCCAUUAGCCUCAUCCAGCUGCAAAAGUUGGAACAAGUUCGAGUAAGUACUUAGGCAGUUUAUUUUCAACAAUUCCCACCGUUAUAAUUCAAGCCACUCACCCUAACAUAUUGGUUCUCAUGUUCUCAUCAACAUAAACACCCACUCCAGCAGUUGCACGACAUGGUUCCCUUUCAACGGUAGCUCGAUCGCCAACAUUCAAUCUCACAUCCUUGACAAAAAAGAGUAGUUCACAGUUAUGAAGCCUUUCACCAUUCUCACAUCCUUGAGUAAAAAGACUAGUUGCAGACUUACCUGUAUCCCUAAACCCGUAUUCAAUGGGCAUGUCCUUGAAUUAUGAUAUGGUCGUCCACACUUGGAGAAGUGUUUGGCACGUUUGGUCCUCACAUUGCUACCUUCUUUUUGGACAACAGCUCGCUUUCCUCUUUGACUAGAAUUGUUGACCUUCAAAACAAUGACAAUAGACAAUUCUAAACGCA